UUCAGUGCCAUGUCCCCCCGCAACAAUAAUGUCCAGUAUUCAACUCCCCUCUCAACAAGUCACCACUCUCAUCCAAUCCUUUAUCCAGUCCCCCAAAAGCACUCCAAUCGCUCCCCUCCUAACACACCCAACCGUCCCCGACGCACUCAUCACGAUUCUAACCCCUCUCUUGCAAUCCCAUUUAGCAGCCGACCAGAUCCGUGCUGUGGAAGCCAUAACAGAGGUAUUACGACAUGCACAAGAUGACAUGUUCAGUGUGCUCUGUCGGUUGGCGUUUCAAAAGCUGGCGUUCAUGGAUAUCCAAGAUGGAGGGUCGGUGUCGUUGGCGGGGUACACCCACUGGCUCCGUAUAGUAGAAGACAUGAUCAUAUCCCAAACACCUAUGCAAGGAAUGGUAUGCGGGUUCCUCAUGUUGAAUUACCUUGCACGGUAUGCAGCCAUGCCAGACAAGAAUCCGCGGGCAUCCAAAACGCUUGCACCAGUGGAAUUACGAUUGGUGCAGCGCAUUGCGGAGGGGAACAAGACGGUUUUGUUGUGUCCUAUGGGAAUGAUUGGGGCCCAUGUUUUUGCCAUGUUUUGUCAGGAUGCGCGGCCGGUGGGGAAUUGGGGACCUGUGGAUAAUGUUCAGCAGUUUUUUAAUCUCUUUUUCAAUGUGGGGACGCUACCUCUUCCUCCGCCAAGCAGCGAUCCCAUUGUGGUCUUGGAUGAGGAAUCCGUUCGCGAGUGGAGGGAAACACUGUUAUCGUACAGCAUAUCGGACAUUGAGGGAAAAGUAUACUUUACGCCGUCGUGUUUGGCGCGGGAUGUGCUGUUUACCGAUUUGGUGUUUACAAACCGGACGAGAAUCCAACUACGGUAUGAGAACGGUCAAGCGUUUUUUGAAAAGACGUGUACAUCAAGUACCGAACAUCCUAUCCAUGACCAUUAUGACUGGCUCUGUACCUUGUCGAGACGACUUGUAUUGAGUGAUGAUGCGCGGGAUGCGUUUGCGGGGCGGUUGGCCAUGUACUGUGCGAUCCUCCAAGAUGCCUUUAUCCCAUACCUCUACCCUACUUGCUGUAAACCAAAUGUCAUAACGCGGACGGGUGUACACCGAUACGCAUGUGAUCCCGGGAACCCCAAUAUCAAAUCUCGUGUACACGAUCUGGCCAUGCAAGAGUUUUCGAGUGUGAUGGAUACUUUUUCCCAAGGGUGUGGACCUCUUGUUCAAACGCUUCGUGCAUACGUCCGUGCGACUCGACCGCAUCAGGUAUGGAGCUCGUGUACGCAGACAACGUGGAAAUGCCUUGGAAAACAGUUUAGAGAAUGGAAGGGGGCGCCAAGCGAGUGUCCGCUUGUUGUUGCCUAUAACGAGACUACCGCGAUGGGUACCACGGAUGGGCCGUAUGCGAUUCCGUGGCAUGUGUAUUUCCUGAACGCCGGUAUUGGGUCACUUGAUGCCCAAAUGUUUGUCACGUUGUGCAAGGACGAGAUCCGGGCGUUGCGUCUCCUCGAAGCAUUGCAAGUUCUCUGUGAGCGCGACAAGAUACAUGUGGACGCUGCAGAACAAAUGAUGCAACUGAUUCCCAAACAACACUCAUCACCUUUUGACACUGACAAACAGGACAUUAUACAUGUGGCCACGACCAUGAUGACGAAACUAUUGGACACGCAUGCAGACCGAUUCCGCCAUCUCGCACCCUACUGGAAACCCACCAACACCCUUCCCACACGUAAACGCAAACGAGGUAUUCCAGAUGACGGUUCAAAGGCACCCAUUAAAGGCAACCCUUUCAGCACGAGUGGAAUCCUAUCCACGCCUCCCAAGGACCCAUCCAUCCGAACCAAACUCUUGACCACAGCGGUGCAAGUCUGGACCCAAGCCGUACAUACCAUGACACCAGAAUCCAUUACCUACUACCUCACACCGCUCUGUAGUGGGCGGUACCCAGGCAAAGAAAAGUACAUGCUCGACCUUGUACUAGUGAAAUUCAUUGAAACGCAUCCAAUCCACGCGCCCACCAUCCUUCGUUUACUAUUAUCCCAGCUGAAACCGGAUACAUACCAUCGUCACGAGUCACCGUUUUAUGCCUUGGUGGAAGGACUCCAAACCAUGGAUGAUCAAAUCCGUAUCGUUAUAUUAAAAGGAUUUGCAACUGUUAUUGACCAUUGGACACGGUUUUGGAUAGAUUGUUUGAACGUGGUUUCAAAGCGGGUCAAAAACAGUGUAUGGGAAUGGGUCAUGGUCCAAGUGGACUAUCAACUUGGGAUUCAAAAAGGAGAGACGAGGAUGGAUGCUGUGGGAUUGGUCAAGAGAACGUGUGCUGCUGGCUAUAGUGGGUUAUUACCGUUUUUGCUUGGGAAUCAACAAGGGCUUUCCAAAAGGGUUUUGGUUGAUGGAAUGGAUGAGGUCGUUCUUGGAGUCUUUGGAGGAAAGUGCUUAAAGGAUUCUCUCGAGUUUUUGGUAAAGGUGCUUUCGGCGGAUGGGACUGUGAAUGGAGAGGAGAGCAUGAAGGUUCUUGAGAGGUUGUUUCAAAUAUUGGAAACAAAAAAAUCUGGGGAAUGGUUUGAAGAGUACUGGGUUGAACCCAUCCUAGAGAGCAUCCUAUCAAGUCCGUACACUCAAUCCACAGGCCACCUCCUCGCAUUCCAGCUUUUGCGACACCAUCCUCGCCUCUUCAUACCCCACACACCCCAAACCGGCCUCGCGAAAUGGGUGACAACACUCGACACAUACAAUGAUCCAGAACCCGUACUACAUAUAUGGCAUGAAGCCUGGGAGACCUGUCCAAUCGAAUGGAUGGAAUCCGUUAUAAGUGUCUUGCACCUCACAUCAGGACCUCUCAAAAACGGCCUAGAAAUCAUGGUACUCGAUUACAUCAACACGGACUCACGACUCUUGACUCGCAUCAUACCCAAAAUGGUUCAAGAUCCACCCGUAUUCCAAACUCUCUUUUGUCACCUCGUGCAACAUCAUCCCCGACAAACCAUUUCCUGUAUCGAGGCGAUCAUGACCCAUUCUGAGCAUAUCAUGACGUUAUUGGGAUACGCAUUCGAGGAUGUACGGUCCUAUAUCGUUCAUUCUGAAAUCAUCAUGCAAGGACUCGUGGAUUUAGUACAUACCCCAACCGUCCCAAAAACCUUGCUCAGUUUCUUGACCCGCUUGUAUGAGGACAGUAUCCCCGAUUUUCAUUGGCGGUUAUGGAGGGGUACGGUAUGGUCCAUCCGACUCCCCGAAUGGCAAGACUUUAUCAAACGUCUCGUACGAAGCGACCAUGAACCCCUUGUAAAAGAAAUCGUGUUUGACCUACUAGGUGAAUUAGAAUCCAACAACCCAACACCAACAACUCAAGAAAGCAUGUUACGAAUUCUUUUUAGUGUGUCAAACACAACACCCCUCUACGACCCUCUUUUCUGUUCAUUUGCAAAACGAUGGAUAAAACGCGGUGAACCCUUUUUAAACUUUAUAUCCCAAUUUCAUGUACGCCUUGAACCUGAGAUGUUAUCCCAUCUUUUUUCGGAUAUUUCGAGUGGACGUGCCAAGGUCCUGUUUAGGCUCUUGACAUCCCAUCAACACGUUCAAGAGAUUUGUCGGCGUGUUGAGAGGAUUGUACUUGGUUGUGUGGAUCCGGGGUGUGCGAGUGAGUAUCGGGAGGUUCUCAAAUUGGUGGUUGGGGAGGUUGGGAUUGGGUUUGUGCGUAGAGUUGUUGAGGGGUGUGAUGCGAGGGUUUACAUGGUUUUGAAUGACUUGCAAUUUUGGGAUGUAACCUAAUGGGAUGUGAUGAACGAGUUUUUGCUCCGUUGUGUGUGUCUCUGGAUGCAAAAAGUCAAUGAUACAGAGAGCAAUGACUGGACAUUGUGGUUGAUUCUAGUAGCAUCCAUGUGGAAAACAUUUACCCAUCAAAAACCUUUUUGAAAAAACUAGC